AUGGUAAGCAAAUAUCAAUCCAAUCCAGGUCCAUAUCAAUCCAAUCCAGGUCCAGCACAUUGGAUAGCAACUAAAAGGAUAUUGAGAUAUCUUAAUGUUAUUGCGGACUACUCAUUAUAUUAUCAAGGUGGUAAUUUACAAUUGAGAGGCUAUACAGAUGCCGAUUGGGCAGGAGAUGCGGAUGAGAGAAAAUCCACUUUUGGUUUUGUUUUCUUGCUUAACAAUGGCACCAUAUCUUGGAGUAGCAAGAAACAAUCAUGUAUAGCAUUAUCCACAAUGGAAGCUGAAUUUGUAGCAUUUUCUGUGGCAAUACAAGAGUGGUCUAGUUAA